UUUAGAAACCAGUUAACAUCCCCUAUGCUUCGCUUGAUUUGAUUGUGUGUUGCGGUUCAUGUGUUUAUUCCGCACUGAAUGUCGCACGCGACCGCUUCCGGAUUUUCCCAGCCGUGCCUGGCCCUGUGGGAAGGGAGGCACAUGAUGAUUCGCCUCAAAUUUGCUGUGUUCGGCAUGUGGACCCUGGCGGUCCUGUUCACUCUCAACUACGCCUUUCUGCGAAUGUGUGUCAGCGACAUGCGUUGGCACGCUCGGCAGCUUGACAUCAUCCCGCGUGUGGUGGGCACCCGCGGGUUCCCCGUGCUGCCGGGCGUCGCCUGCCCGCGAUACCUGGCUGUCGUCGUUUGCAGCGCCGUGGACAGGUUCGAACACCGGGCCGCGAUACGCGCCACAUGGGGCCGCGACGUCGGCGACGACAAGGGUUCGGGCGUGUUCUUCCUCGUCGGCAAGCCCGAUGCCACGCCUAGAGGUCAAGACAUCCAGAACAGGUUGAUCAACGAGAGUGCCCGCCACAAUGACGUCAUCCAGGCGGACUUCCGCGACACAUACCGCAACCUGACCAUCAAGACCCUGUUCCUGCUUAAAUGGGCCUACGUGAACUGCUCGAGCACCCGAUUCUUGCUGAAGGCGGACGACGACAUGUUCGUGAACGUGGAAAGGCUGAUAAGCUUCCUCAAGGCGUACGGUGGAAACCGGGCGCGGCCCUUCCUGGCAGGCAACGUGUUGCAGGGCCGGAAGACGGUGCGCCAAGCCGGGUCCAAGUGGUACCUACCACUGUCCGUGUACGAGCCGGACUGGCUGCCCUCGUACGUCUACGGCAGCGGCUACGUCAUGUCGCGCGAGGCAGUGCGGCCCCUCUUCACCGAGGCGCUGUCGACGCCCUUCCUCUACGUGGAGGACGUCUUCCUCACGGGCAUCGUGGCGCAGAAGGUGCGCGAGAUUCCUCAACAUUUAUUUAUUUAUUUAUUUAUUUGUUUAUUUAUUUAUUUAUUUAUUUAUUUAUUUAUUUGUUUGUUUGUUUGUUUGUUUGUUUGUUUGUUUGUUUGUUUGUUUGUUUGUUUGUUUGUUUGUUUGUUUGUUUGUUUGUUUGUUUGUUUGUUUGUUUGUUUGUUUGUUUAGAUCACCAUCAAGGCUCUGGACUCUGCCAUCUGGGUAGUAAGAAAAUCUAGGAAGAUGGCUGUUAUUAAAAAAAAUUUAGGACUACUUUCGUUUCUGAACCAAAGUAGGUUGCCGCAAUAGCUGCGACCGUUCAGUGCCACAGGAACAGUACAAGCAGUCACAAAUAUAUUUGCAUGUAAAGAGAGAGAGAGAGAGAACAAGAGGUGAAAGAGAGAGAGGUCAACCAGAUUAAUUGUCCUGUUGGCUACUCUGCACAGGGUGAUCGGGUGAGGGCAGAAAAGACGAGGAGAAAAGAAGACAAGAUAAAAAGUUAUUUGUCAGCACCCACUAUGGUCUUUUAUUCAUAAUGUAAAUGAGCAAUGAAAUGUGUGUUAGCGCGUUAAAUCUGUUUAUUAGAUCUAAAUCGCUUGAGCAAUUAGCCCGGUCCCAGCGUCCCUUUCUCGUUUUGAUGGUCCUAGUGGAUUGUCAGCCAUAGGCUAUAUCUAGUGGUGCAACCUAGAGCGCUCUGUUGAAUUCCUUGCUGUCGAUGCAGCCAUCGCUCCUGACGGAGGCAUGCGGGAUUGUCACACACCUCACUGAAGCAGAAAAUUUAGCCACGAGAAUCUCAGACAUGCAUAUGAUGCGGUAAGGAUUCGUUAAAUAUUUAUAAACUGGUUUGACGCGUCCGAGCGUUGAUUCCGGCUCUAGGUCAGCAUGUAUGCUGGUGUAUGCUGCCUGAUGUAACGUCAAUCAAAGGCAUCGGCUAGUGCCUGUCGACUCAAAGUAUAGCUGUUUUUCAGCAACUGAACAGUGGCACACCCCACGGUGUCUCACCGUGUUUCUUUUUCUUUCUUUCUUUUUUAUUAGCGGUGACACAUGGCACCUCCGUUCUUCUGUAGUGACGUUGCGAGCUGCCUGUGUGUGGUCGUAAAUUAUGCAUUCACCAUUAGCUAUAGAAAACGAAUUUGGAGAAGAGCACCGAAAUAACGAAUGCACUUGCUGCCGAGGUGAGAUGAAGCGUAGCGAAAGUUUGCAACGCCAUUCACACACCGUCAAGGGUGCAACCGGGUUGGAGACGGCGACGAGGUCGGCCUGAAGCGGGCCAAAUGCCGCCACGUCAGGAAAUGACGUGAUUUCCUUUGUAUCCGGAAGUCUGCGUUCAUUGCCACUGUGGAAUCGGGAGACAAUUGCAAGACAAUGUCGCAAGACAACGCUUAGCGAGACCCAACCACGCAGCGUUCUCCGAUCUGAACUGCCACUCAGUCUCAGAUGUGUGAGUGCGCGUACGUGUGCGCGCCUGUGUGUGUUUGAGAGAGAGAGAGAGGACGAGAAAAUCCUGACUGACAUGAACUGCGUCGCUGAAGCCUAUUUUAGAUUCAUUAAUUCAUUAUUCAUUCACCGUGAGAAUCUCAUAGCAGAGCUCCGAACAGAGAGCGAGUGUCUUCUUGCAGAACAUGGUCCAACCAACACAAUAGAAAUCAGUGAUAUCAUCUCCAUGAACCCAGAAAUUUUGCUGCUGUUAGAAGAUGUCUACUUCAGCAAAGAAUACAAGCGCUGCAUAGCUACACGGCGUUGAAGCAGGCGAGCAAACGACAUUCAAGUUCACUCUCAGAAGUUUUAUCAGAAAACUCUCCGCGAGGUCCAGAAAAAACUUCCGGUCUCUGGCCCAUUUUCUUUAACGCGGUCAAGUUCAUACCGCGAGCCUAUAUUUUCCGUGCGGAGGCCAUGCAGAGUGGAGAUGCAAGCGCUGUACAGACUACAGAAGCGUUAUGCUAAUCUUCUGACGGAUCCUGUAAAAAUUGAACAGGAGUAGAAAACUCUCCCUUCCAACGUUAUUUGCCACGUGAAAGACAGCCUAGAAAAAAGGUCUAUCGCGUCAUUCUGGGCCAGAAAUGGGAGAGAUAAAAACAUAUCAGGGCACGCAAGAAUUCGAGCAUAUAUCGGAAUCGACUCAGCUCAGAUUAUCUUUGCCACGCGCUUACGCAGAUACUGAAAAGAUCUGCUCUAGUAUGGCUGAUGUCAAAACAAACAAGCCCAGUACAAUUGGAGUUAAAAACCGGAACACCGUCCUCGCAAUGAAAUAAGCCUUAGCAGCGACUAGCCGGAACUGUGUAAAUAUGCACGUCGAAGGGCAUAAUGGACUACAUCGAAAGGAAAUGUACUGAAC